AUGGCUCCUGUCCCAGAGGCCUAUUUUCCGUCCCUGGAUAAGUGCUUUUCUGGGGAUGUUCAACUUUUAUCCUGGCGACGAGCUUUCCUCUAUGCCAAUGACCCAGAUACCCACGCCGAUGAUGGAGGCAGUGUCUCUGCCUUCCUCUCUCACCCCGAGAGCAUUCAGCUACUGUCUCAAAGCCUAAACCCCUUCUCUCCUCCUUCCGCAAAAUCUAAAUCUGAAUUUGAGUCCAGAACUGCUGCGAUUAACGUUGAAACCAGCAAGGGCUCAUUCGAUCUGAAUGAGAUCAAGGAAGACGCGCAAUGGCUAAGUGAGAAAGCCAAAGUUGACGAGAUCACUGCCCUGCGCAUUACCAUUCUUGAAUGGCAAAAUCGCCCGGCGACUCGUUUAACAGCUACCUUCUCCAGUGAAGAGGCUACGAGCCUUCAAAGCGCGACCGGUGUUGACAAUCUUCGCGCAUCGGUGGCUGGUCCUCUACUGGCGAAUAUCCUCAAACAGGCUGCAGGAAAGAAUGAGUCUUCAUUCGACACCGAAUAUAGUCGACGAUUGCGACUUCGAAAACUUUACCUGCUUGAAAGAGGCCACAUCCUAAAAACCUUUCGCAAACUACUUGUGCUUUCUCAGCACGAGUUCUCAAGCAGCCCGGCUAAUGCGAUCAGUCACAAGAAUGAAGGCAAGCUCGAAUUGGCUAAAUUGGGUGCGAUGAUAUUCAAGGAAAAGUCAACGGGAGAUUCUUUGGGUCAGUUUCUUCAGGAGUGCACAUCUGCAAUUCGCAAUCGGUUAACCGACUUGAAUGGCCAAGGCGGUUGGCUCGGAGAGGAUGAGAGUAAUGAAGAGAUUGAAGACAUGUGGCGGACUGAUCUUGUUGAGGAGGUCGUUCAUAUUCUCCAGAUCAUCUUCCAUCAGCUUCAAGCCUCGACAGCCAUUCCCUCCGGCGCUCUUGUCAUUUCCUGGCUCAAUUUGAUGGCUGAAUUUGACUUCUUAGAGACGGUCAAAGUGCCCUGCGAGCAACCUCUAGAGAUUUUGCUCCCGCUUCAGUCUUUCGUAUCCCUUACCACACUAGCUUUCCUCAAACUUCCUCUCACGAUUCCCUCCAUAAUGGACAGGGUGCCGCCCCAGACCAUUCCGACAGGGAAGCCCGCUUAUUUCCUCUGCAAAGAUAACAUAUCCCAAAUCAACGAGAUCCUCGUCGGCUGCUGUGGUAAUCUAGCUACAGUAAACCCGGUAGCACUCUCUUGGGGCUUGAUCCUGCACACUAUCAGGGAGUACGCCAUGAGUGAUAAGGAAAGCCGAGAGCUGGAACAGUUCAAUAGCGCCGUGGACUCAUUCCAAUCAAAUACACAAACUCGAAGAUCGUCAAGAGGAUCAGAGCCGUCUCAAUAUGAAGAUCUUCUCGAAUUUGCUCGAACCCCGAAUUACACUGUCGACGAGGCUAUUACAUUGCUUACUUGUGAUGAAAUCAAAUUUUCAGCAUUCAGCGCGAUUUUCACACUUUCAACCGUGGCCGGUUCAAUGUCUGCCCUUGACGAUAGCUUGACGUAUCAGUGGGUCCGAUUAGCUCUACUGGAUCUAAUCAGGGCUGCACUGAUGUACCUGGACUAUCCUGAGGUCCUGGAACCUGUUUUGGCGAUACUUGCAGGCUCACCUGACGGACCUCCAUCCUCCACAGACUCACUAGGGCCAGCCAGCGAUCCCAAAUCGGUCUUUGUUGGAGACAAUGACUUGAUGCACCUCAUUUUCCGUUCCGCUCGCAAUCGAUUCCCAUUCGAAAUUAUCCCCUUUUUGAAGCUCUGUCGUGCCCUGAUUAGUGAAUACUCACUAAAUGAGGACGGCCUGUCCUGGAUUUUUGAUGAAUUGGAAAAAAUGGACACUUUCACCCAAGUCAUUGGCCCAAAUUUCCAUGGAUACGAGACAAUUAGAGAAGAUGAGAACGCAAAUUAUGUGUCUCUGACUCAAUCUUUGCCCAUGUUUGAUUCUCAUCACCAUAGGCGCCUUCCACAAUCCGACAUCAGCAAUGCUUUGGUUGUAAGAGGAACGUCGGAAAUUCCAGCUGCAACAGUCGGUCAGGUCGUUUCCGAGCAGAAGCCUACCGUCAUUCAGUGGGAGUAUCGGUUUUCAUGCCUGACCUUUUUAGGGAGCUGGCUCGAAGAAUGGAGCGAAAGCGGUGGUGAGUUUUCGUCCAGUUUGGACGUUGAAACAGUUACAGAGAUCAUCGGCCUAAUGGCAGAUUUGGUUUCCAGCGCCAAAGACUGCCAUCGCCGUAGUGAUUCUGGCAAUAGUGCCAAAAGAGUGCUCGAAAUGGCCAGUGAUGGACUAUCAAGACAGGGCGAUAUUAUCUCUAUCCUUGAACCGAUCAUGGCUUGUCUGCAAUUUAUCCAAGCAGUCCUGAAGGUUCUUCCUGGUCGGGUAUGGCCGUUCUUCAGCCGCAGCAGCUUCAUUGGAUCAGAUGGAAAAGGUGGCAUUUUGUCUACCAUCAUUUCGGCAACAGAGAUCCCCUCUGGGGAAUAUCCGUUCCUUCUUAACUGUGUCAAUCUGCUGGAAGCUCUUGUUGACGAUGCUGCCUCUCGAGCAGUGCUACGAAAGAGUCCCGGCAGCGUCUCCGGCAAAUCAACCAUUGCGGUAGACUGGAGCGCCAGUAUUCCAUCCCACAUCAUGAGAACUAUCGUUCUCAACCUCACCAGGACUAUGGUUGAAAUCUACAACAGCAAUGGAAAUUGGAGGUUUAAUCUCCCGGAACAGCGUCUUAAGAUAAAUGGAAAGCUUGCGAAUACAUUCGACCGGAUCUUGUAUUAUGCCUUUGGUGUCAAUGACUCUGCGAAGCUUGAAUUGAAAGUCACAGGUGUCUUCUCUAGCUCGGCAACAUACCUUCUGGACAUUCUGCGACCUCGAUCAACUGCCGAUCUACCAUUCAACCCGCUUCUUCGGUUGAUCGCAGAGGGUCUUGAAACCCCGCCCACCCGCUACCUUCGUUACCUUUCCCUGAUUGAGAAACAGGUGAAGUCUACUUUGGGACUAUGUGUAAAGCUUGUCCAGGCAGCACGACUGCUAGAGUUGUCAGAGUCGCUUUUAGAGGAACAACUCUUCAAAGCAACGCCAGUUCUGGUCAAGCUCUACGCAUUGCAUGAUGCAUACAAACUACCAGUUGUGUCACUACUUGACAUCCUUAUUUCCAGCGCAGCAUCAAAUCCAGACAAUGAACCUCCAUCUCUUGUUGGCUACCUUGGAGCCGAGUCAUCUUGUCUGUUCCUUGAUGUCCUCUCUCAGCUAAACAAACCCCUCAGUGACCGUACGCUGCUUCUUUCAGUCUGGCAAUUGCUUUCGACUUUCGUCAGUAAGCGACAGCAGUGGAUGGCAGUUUUCAUCCUUACAGGUUCAUCCCCUCGCCAGGCACUGAAAAAAUCCAACAAGGGCAAGGAUCCAAGUAUGAGAGGUGUACCGUUCUUGCAAAUGGCGCUCGAGAGGCUAUCUCAUAUUGACCAGGAAGAGCCCCAGGUUGCCUUGGCAUUGUUGGAUUUCGUCUCACAGGCUCAAGAACAUUGGCCUUGGGCUACCCCACAGUUGAAAAGUCACCCGAAUUUCCUGAAUAGCAUCGUGAACUAUGUCUCCAAGCUGAAAUUUUCGUCUCUUUCUGUGUCUGAUCAAAUAUUCACCACCAGGAUUGCAGCUGUUGUCGCAGACAUUUGCGCAGUCUAUCUGCAUGCUGCAAAGGAGGCUAACGACUGGGGCUUUGUCAAGACUCUGAUUCCGUUGGUGCAAUGGUAUGCUAAGUCUGCUGUUGUUGAUGUUUCUGCAUACAACAACUCCUUGCACACAAACUUGAAAAAGAACUUUGAAAAGCGCUACACCGGCUGUAAGAUUGUUGAUUUCAAGAGAACGCCCCUUCAGCAACGUAUCUUGGGCCAUGAUUACUACUACGACCUUGGUUUGGGCGAAAAGAUGUUGUCCUAUGACUUUGCCUGGGCCGGAACUCGGGGGCAGGGUUUCUCUGAGGAGUUUGAACGGGCUAACAUUAACCUUUCGCUUGUUGAAGCCCAGGUGGGCCUUCUCAACAGUUGGAAAUAUUUCGCCAUGGAGCAUUGUGCGGACUUUAUGCCAGACCGCGAAAUCCAAAAGUCCAUGGCAUUGGUGGCACAGCAAUGCCUUGAGGCAAAUACCCGGCCCGUUCCUGCUGAGGCCAUUUUCGAACGGAUUCAACAGGUGCGAGUGGAUUUCGCGCAGGCCUUGCUUCAACGGCUGGUUCAGGUUGAGUCUAAGGGUUCUGAAGUAUUUGGAUUACUGGAGGUCACCUGGAAUGCACUGCGCAGCCGGCACGCAACUUACGAAGACGCUUUGAUUAACGACGACACGGAGUACUACCGGUCACUACUGAAUGUGUUGUUCCUGACACUACAAUUCCACAUUGAUGGACCUACUCGGGCUACCCCCGCUGCACAGCCUCCGCAUGCGGUCUCGUCCGACUUGGAAGUUGUCGUGGAAAUUGUCAAAGUAAUCGUCGCACAAGGCUUCCGAUCACUCACCACAUAUGUGCACGAACAACGAGAGAAAUGCCAGCCGAAGGACUUUGCGAUCAUAAUUGCCAUUCUCCAGACUUCUCUACGCGUGAAGAACGCCGAUCGACUCUACGAACAUAUCACCUAUCACAUCGAGAACAACGAUACCGCCCGACAGGCCACGACAUUAUUCUCAUGGGCUGACAAACUCCUGGAAGAUGGUGAUCCGGUCUAUGGCGAGCUUAGCCUCUCCAUUCUCGUUAAGUUAUCCACCUUGCCCAUGCUAGCAGAACACUUGGCCGUGGAAGCGGUUCUAUCAAACCUUUCAGCGUGCAAGUUAACAAACAUGCUUGCGGCGUCUAAGGGAUGCGGACCCUUCCAAGCACCGCGUCUCUAUACCAUUUGGACCGCCGGAUUCCUUCCAUUGUGUCUGAACUUGCUUCACAAUGUCAUUCGAGCAGCACCCGAGGUGGCCGCCUUUCUCAACCAGUUUGAAGGCCAACUUGACCGCGCCUCUGAGGCUUUCUCAGCCGCACACGCUGGUCGCACUGUCGGCCCAGCAUCGAAUUUGAUCACCCUCAGCAUGGCCUCUGAGGCUUACUCUCUUUCUCUGAUAUCCUUUAUCAUCGACGGGUUCCGCGAAGCAGGCGCCAGUGCCGGUCUGGAUGCCCAAUCCAUCCAACCGCUCAAGUGGGACAAGGCUCCAUUUAAGGAGGAUAUUGAAGGGUUAGUGAGCCGCCCGGCAAAUCUGCGUCGUCGCAUCGCGGCUACAACCGAAAAAGAGAUGGAAUGGUCCCGGCAAAAGCCUGUCAACAAAGACUCUGGUGCCGAGAACCGACUGGAGGAGAAGAUGCUCAAUGAGCUGAAGGGCGCGCUGGCUUGUCUUAGCGUAGGAAGUAUUUAG